CGUCGUAAGUCGUAUCAUUUCAUCUUCGCUUUCCUCUUCGAUCUAAAUAUGUUGGCCUCUCUUUUUCGCCUCCAAUCUCGACUCCUUCCUCCUCCCUUCUCUAAUUCCUUCGCAUCCUACUUUCCUUCUUUUUCCUCUUCGUGGCGAUCGAUUUCCUCGGUCGGAUCUGCGUCGGAGAGGCACUUCAAGUACGUCAUUCUCGGUGGCGGUGUCUCGGCGGGAUAUGCGGCUCGGGAAUUCGCUAAACUCGGUCUUAACCCAGGGGAGCUUGCAAUCGUCUCGAAAGAGUCGGUUGCCCCUUAUGAACGGCCAGCACUUAGCAAAGGAUACCUUUUUCCUCAAGAUGCCGCAAGGCUACCAGGUUUUCAUGUCUGUGUUGGCAGUGGGGGAGAAAGAUUGCUUCCAGCAUGGUAUUCUGAGAAAGGCAUAGAGCUUAUGCUUAACACAGAAAUUGUAAAGGCAGAUCUAGCAAGCAAGACUCUUACCAGUGAAACUGAUGUGAACUUCAAGUAUGAUAAUCUAGUCAUUGCUACUGGAUCUCAAUUCGUGAACCUAUCAGAUGUUGGUGUUCAAGGUGCAAACGCAAAUAAUAUAUUUUACUUAAGGGAUAUUGAUGAUGCUGAUAAACUUGUUGCUGCAAUUCAAUCAAAGAAAGGUGGAAAAGCUGUAAUUGUUGGAGGUGGAUACAUUGGUCUGGAACUUGGUGCAGCAUUGAAAAUCAAUAGCUUUGAUGUCACUAUGGUGUACCCUGAUCCUUGGUGCAUGCCACGGUUAUUUACUCCAGAAAUCGCUUCUUUUUAUGAGGGUUAUUAUGCAAAAAAAGGGAUCAAAAUAGUUAAAGGGACAGUAGCUACUGGAUUUGAUUCCAAUUCAAUUGGAGAUGUGACGGCUGUAAGGUUGAAGGAUGGACAAAUUUUAGAGGCUGACAUUGUUGUUGUUGGUGUUGGUGGAAAACCGCUUGUUACACUUUAUAAAGGCCAGGUUAACGAGGAGAAAGGCGGAAUUAAGACUGAUGGUUUCUUCAGGACAAGUAUUUCUGAUGUCUAUGCUGUGGGAGAUGUUGCAACGUUUCCUUUGAAGCUCUAUGGCGAAGAUAGGAGAGUUGAACAUGUUGAUCAUGCAAGGAGAUCAGCUGAACACGCUGUAAAGGCAAUUAAGGCAGCAGAAGAAAGCAGAUCAAUAGAGGAGUAUGACUACCUCCCGUACUUCUAUUCUCGUGUGUUUGAUUUAUCAUGGCAAUUCUAUGGUGACAAUGUCGGUGAUACCGUGCUGUUCGGAGAUAAUGAUCCUAAAUCUGCAAAUCCGAAGUUCGGUGCUUACUGGAUCAAGGAUGGUAAAGUAGUAGGUGCAUUUCUCGAAUCUGGAUCUCCGGAGGAAAACAAAUUGAUAGCCAAGGUGGCUAAGCUCCAGCCACCCGUGCAGGAUCUUGAACAACUCCGAGAGGAUGGUCUUACAUUUGCAACUAAUUGAUAGCCAAACCAAUUCCGUGUCAGUUGCCACCAAUGUAUCGUAUCAUUCUGAUCUCUGACAAACAUACAACUCCUCCAAAGUUUGAGCUGAGGCAAGUGUGAGGGUUUCUGCAUUUUGGCCUUCAGGAUGCGAUGAGAAGUGAGGAUAAGCUUUCUAAGAUGGGGCUUCACAAUUGCUGUUGCAGUGAGAUGGUUCAUGAGGCAAGGCGUCUUCUGGCCUUCCUUGAGCCAUAAUCAGAUGCAGACUCCUUAUGACCUUGCGCCACCGAUAACAAGAUGCAAGGGUAAGCUUCUACAUCGUCAAAGGGAGAUAGCAUGGGAUCAGUAUAGUUCUGGUUAGUCGGAGUUGAUUUGAGCUGCAAUGAAAUAAAGAUUUACUAAUUUUGAUUAUUUCUGAAUUUUGUCACUUCUAAGUACCAAUUACAUGGCAUGAACCAACAGAGACAUCAAAUAAUGAUCUUUAUAUCAUCAUAUGUCUGCCGUGAAGCAUCAAAUGCAGAUGACAUGACAAGUAGAUAUUUCAAACACCUGUUUGGAUCUUUGAUGGAGUGGUGACCCUUGGUGACAGAUUCACAAACUCGAGCGCUUGCAUUCUUACCUCCACUGGAUAAUCUGCCACACAACCGAUCCUUGGACCGGCUCCGCUGCACCAUUUCAAAGAGAGUUGAUGCCCCAGCUGGUAAGAACUUGCCUUCUGCUUUGAGUUGAUCCUUUCCAAUAUCGCCUUCUUAGGCACGUCCGGUCUUGGGCUCCGAAGGCCACCAGAUAAUGUCCUUUUGUAUUCAGCAUGAGCAGUGCCAUCAUCAGCUGGCAAUUUUGAAGUAGGUUCCUCAGUUGCACUUUUUGUUACUUCGGUAGGCAGAACUAGCUGUGGAGCUUUGGAAAUAUUGAAAGCAUCGAUCAUCUUCUCAAGCUGUUGUUUCUCAUUGUUGUCAUACUCUUCAUUCGAAGAUGAUAAUAUCUGAUAAUUAUCCUUGGUAAGAAAAA